AUGGGCAGUUACUUCCUGACCCAGGGACAAACAUAUUUCAUUGCGGCUUCCAAGAAACUGUACAGUGGUCAACCUUACAAGAUCCAUGUUUCUUUACUGCAAGAUGCACCUGGAGCACUGUUUAUGAAAGCAUCGGUAUCAUCCAAUUUUUCAACCAUCGCCGUGGGGAAACGACUUUUUAUGCCCGGAAGCCAUGACCUUUUGUUGUUAAAAGUGCAUAACUAUGUCCAUGCGGAAGAUUAUGAGCUGAUUUUGGAGGGUCGAUUUGAAAAUGUCAGCCGAGCUGGCGCCUUCAAGCAUCGUCGCCCACUUGAACUUGAAGACCGUUCGGUACAUAUCCUUCUCCGUCUUGAAAAACCCAUUUACCGCCAAGAUGAACUAGUUCGGUUCCGUGUUAUACUUUUAACGCCUCAAUUAACGCCGUAUCGCGGAGUUGUGGAUGUGCAUAUUUACAACCCGGACGGAUACCUACAGAGACGUUAUCCCUCGUUACACAGUAUUUUUGGUGUCGUGUCUGUUGCAUAUCAACUCGCUCCGGAGCUUAAGUUUGGAGACUGGAAAAUCAAGGCUACAAUUGGAACUAAUGCCGCCGAAGUCUCUUUUCCAGUCGAAGAAUUUAAUCAGCCAUUAUUUGAAGUGAAUGUUACUUUGCCCGUGUCGAUCAUCGAUACCGAAGAAUUUCUGCACGGAUCCGUAGAGACAAAUUUUACUUGGGGUCAAAGCACCAACGGUGAGCUUAAACUACACGCUUUUGUAAUUGAUCCAGCCGAUGGAGAAGCGGAAGCGCCAGACUGGAAAGGAGAGCCGAAUGAGCAGACCACACAAUUUGUUGGAUUUUUUAACGGGACGCAUUCUUUCAAAUUUGCAAUGGCGGAUUUGAAAUCUGUAUCCGCGAACGGAAGCGUUGAUGGCAAAACGAUUGGGAUCCGUGCAACGGUCUGGGACCACUGGCACAAUGAAACCCGCGUGGGUUACUCUCAAACAAGGGUGUACAAUGAUUCAUUGCGCUUAGUGUUCCUGGGACACAAACCACAAGUGUUCAAACCAGGAAUGGUAUUCAAAACGCAACUGGCUGUUUCCCAGCAAGACGGAUCGUACAUUAAGAAACCUAGUGGCAUCGAACUGCGUAUCGAGUAUAUUCUGGAAUCCGGUUCAUCCGGUCAAACGGAAACAUGGCCACUGCGAGCCCCAUUGGACGGAAUGAUCCAUCUCGAAAUACCCACGCCAAAGGGUGUUUCACAGAUUGUCCUCGAAGCCAUGUCAACCGGAGCCACGCCCCACCUUCCGCUGCCAUUCGACAGCGCCAACGUCUCCAAAACUAAAAUGGUGGUUCUCCGCGCCCAAUCGCCGCGUGCAGCCUAUAUCCAAGUUUCAACUCACACCUUGAAAUUUCUCGUCGGCCAUUAUGGUAUUUUUAACGUUCGCGCAUCGUAUUUCUUGCCCGAUAUUGUAUGGAUUGUGACCAGCAAGGGACUGGUGUUGCUGUCCGGUUAUGAAGAAGUCCGUUCGCUGUCGUACACCUUCUCCAUUGCCAUUACCCCAGAAAUGGCACCCCGAGCGCAUUUGGUGGUAUUCAAUGUGCUUCCAACGGGAGAAGUCAUCGCGGACAAAUACACUUUCCCGGUGGAUGGCAUCUCCAGGCAUAAAAUGCGAAUGGCAGUUAACCAUCACAAGGAUUAUUACAAACGAACCUUCGAAGUUGUUGCGAAAGGUGAUCCGCUAGCGUUUGUCGGGUUUUCAGCUAUCGAAAACAACCUUUUUUCGCAGGCCCCGGGAAUAUCAUCUUUGUCGCGAUCUGACCUUUUGCGCAGUUUAAACUCUCUUUUCCCCGAUCGGUAUGGAUCGGCGCUACACAGCACGACCUUUAUCUCCAGCGAUGGCUUCAGCGAUCGGUCGUUUUAUUUUGGAAGUAACACGUAUGGGUUAGAUGUGGAGAGUACUUUUUCGCAUGCUGAUUUAUUGGUAUUUACGGAUGCAACGCUUACGCAGAUAGCCACUGACUACUGUGAUCCGGGAAAAAACGAGAUAUCGUGUGUUUCGGGUGGGUGCUAUAACGAAGAGCAGAAGUGCAAUGGAUUAUGGGAUUGUCGAGAUGGAUCGGAUGAGGGUGGCUGUGAUGCUAUGGAGACAUUUUAUGACGAUGUCCUUAGUUUUCGACGGACAAGGUACAAUCAUAUCGAUCGCGCAUAUGCGUUCGCAUGUUGUUGGACCGACGGAAACAUUUCACCGGAAGGUCAUCUAAUAGUUCAGGUCCCGAUGCCUGACCGACCAGCGCACUACGUAAUUUCAGCCGUCAGUAUGAGCGAAACAUCCGGUCUGGGUCUGCUUGAAUAUGAAUUAGUCUUCGAUUCCAUCAAACCUUUUCACAUGAUUGUCGAAACACCAGACACCGUUCACCAAGGUGAAAUAAUCGGAAUACGCUGCGCACUUUUCAAUUAUUACCAUCAAGAAGUGGAGGUUCUAGUUAUACUUUCCGGUUCACCCGACUAUAUGUUCGUCGAAGUGGGUCCGCUAGGAUGGACGCAUUCAUAUUACGCUACCAAGGUUGGCGGUGCGGACAUCCACCACAGUAUAUGGAUGGAUAGCCAAACGCAGACAAUUGUAUAUUUUCCGAUUGUUCCUAGUCGACUUGGGGAGAUUUCAGUAACGAUCACAGCAGCAACUCAAAUCGAUGAGUAUGUGCAGAAUCGCAUAAUCAAUGUCAUACCGGAUGGAGUUAAACUGAAGUUCCAUACAUCGAUCCCGCUGGACUUGACCAACAAGGGGACAAUAUUAAAAUUGAUGGACAUACAAGUGACGGAAAAUUACACGGUUCCGAGACAAAUAGAAAGACUAUUUGUGGCGAAUUCCCCGAAGGUGACCGUUACUGCGGCAGGUGAUGUACUUGGGCCUUUGCUAAGGGACUCCAUCGACAGUAUAACGAUGAUGGACAUUGCGCAUCAGGGUGGAGAAAUGUCCGUAUUCAGCUUUGCCAUGAAUUUGUACACUUUGGACUUCUUGCGCCGCACAAACCAGCUGACAGACGAAAUUCGAAAGCACCUGUUUGCUGCACUAAACUCCUUUUACCAGACUAUCGGGAAUUAUCAAGAUUAUUACGGACCUUUCCAUCAAUUUAUGAAUGAAACUCGUUUAGAGAACAGCGUAUGGUUAACUGCAUUCGCCGUGCAAGUUCUGGAAGAAAGCCGUAAAGUCCUGCAAUACUCAGACUGGGAUAAUCAGUUUUAUGCUGAUCCUCUGACCACUGACCAGUCCGUACGAUGGAUAAUUCAACAUCAAACUGAGGAAGGCUCUUUCUAUGAGCCAUGGCUUGCACCAUUCGACAGAAAAAUGUCAUACCAUACUUGGCAGCCAUCUGGCUGGAUGGAGAAUCGCAACAUCACGUUGACUGCCCAUGUAGUGAUUUGUUUGCAAGAGAUCACGGCUUUCUCGAGUGGUCUGGGAGCAUUGAUCAGUACCAGCCGUCUGUCGGCCGUGAAAUACCUGGAACGCUGGCUUGACCUUUUGUAUGACCCAUAUGAAAUUUCCAUUGUGACAUAUGCGCUUACUAUUGCGGAUAGUGCCUUUAAAGAUACCGCGUUCGAGAAGCUGGAUUAUCUAAAACAGCAUUACGAUGCAUACUUGUUCUGGGGCAAAGAUUCCAUCCAGCCACCAGGAUUCGUUCUCCGAAACAACCAACCUUACAUGCUUCCGCACAUUCCACAUAAAUUUGAAUCAACAAAUAUUGCUGCCACGGCGUAUGCUUUGAUGGUAUACAAUUUACGGCGUAGUUUUCUUAGUGAUCGUAUAGCGGCUUGGCUGAAUACUCAACGGCUCCAUGAUACUGGCUUCAGCAGUACACAGGACACGUACAUAGCGGUAAAAGCCCUGAUGCUUCAUUCUUAUUUCGCCAACGUCCGGGAGGCUACCAACAUCAAUAUAACCCUGCGAUACAGCAGUUCUCCGGGCGCGGAGGACACCUUGGCUAUCCGAAAAGACACACUAUCGCAAAUACAGACCGCGGAAGUUCCGAAUCCUUGGGGAAUGAUUACCGCUAUAGCUCGCGGCACUGGUUAUGCUGUGCUGCAGCUAAAUGUUGAGUACACUGUGGACAAGAUGCGUUACCUUCUGCCACCACCAGUUAAAGCUUUUGAUAUCUUUAUGGAUGUAACGUAUACCGGAAAGAAUGUUUCCAUACUUAUAUUACGACCAUGUGCCAGAUGGACGUUGAUGGAAGAAAGCCCUCAAAGUGGUAUGGCCUUAAUCGAAGUGGACAUUCCAUCUGGGUAUAUCGUCUUCCAACCGGAUCUGGAAGAUUAUUGUGGCUCACAACCAAACCAUUUACUUCGCUAUGCAGAAUUUUAUAACGGAAAAGUCACAUUUUUCCUAGAUUACCUGGAUGGUGGAUUGACUUGCGUGGAUGUGGUGGCAACAAGGUGGUAUCCGGUGGCGAAUAUGACAAGAUUCUUAACAGUCAAAGUUUUCGAUUAUUACGCACCGGAGCGAUUUAACACAUCGAUUUAUGAAGCGGUGCCAUUAUAUUCACUAAGUAUCUGCCAUGUUUGUGGAUCGUUUCAGUGUCCAUAUUGCCCAAGUUACAAUCAUGCCCAACUAAUUUUCCAAUUCAUUCAGUGGCUUUGGCUAGAAGUAUUGUUUUUUUUCGUGUACGCUACUCUUUAAACAUUGCAUAUGAUGGGUUUUACGUUUACUGAUGAUUACAGAUAUUUAUCUUUUUAUCCGUAUUCUGCUCAUAAAGAGAGAA